GAAUAAAACCUUCGUCCAUAUUAAGCUCGGCCACGUGUCUCGGUGUUUUGUUAUGGUCCUCAGCGGGGUUUAGCCCUUUAAACGACCCAGUUUUCCUGAAAACCUCCCCGUCACCUGGAGAGCGGAGCAGCUGCGGGAUGGAGGCGCGUAAAGGAGGAUGAAGAUGCAGCGGAGAGCCUGUGGAUGUUUCGGGGGGUAUUAAUAGGAGCGCUUGAGUGUCGCAGGCGUUACUUUCGAGACCGGGGGGCUUGGUGGAGGCUCGGCGAGCUUCUCAUCCAGACUGCGCAGUCGGAAUUUAAAAAGAUAACAACAAAAAACAAGGAAAUAAAAGGGAUUUUUCACUUGGCAACAUGGAAAACGUGCUCGCGGUUCUGAAUUUGGGCGAUUUUGCCCAGGCUUUUUCCAAAAUGGGAAUGUUUCCGGUGUUUGAUGUCGCCUAUUACAUCGUUUCCGUCCUCUACCUCAAGUACGAGCCAGGCUCGGUUGAGGUUUCUCGCAGGAGUCCUGUGGCCUCCUGGCUCUGCGCCAUGCUGUACUGCUUCGGUAGUUACAUCCUGGCAGACAUCAUGCUCGGGAGCAGCCCGCUCGACUAUUUCCAAUACAACAGCCACAUCCUGCUGGCCUCAGCCGUCUGGUACCUCAUCUUUUACUGCCCCCUGAACCUCUUCUAUAAGUGUGUGGCCUUCCUGCCGGUCAAGCUGGUGCUGGUGGCUCUGAAGGAGGUCGUCCGCACCCGUAAGAUCGCCGCCGGCGUCCACCACGCCCACCACGCCUACCAUCACGGCUACUUCAUCAUGGUGAUCGUUGGAUACGUCAAAGGGUCUGGAGUGGCUCUUAUUUCUAAUUUUGAGCAGCUGCUGCGCGGCGUGUGGCGACCCGAGACUAAUGAGAUCCUCAACAUGUCAUUCCCGACUAAAGCCAGCUUGUACGGAGCGAUUCUGUUCACCCUGCAAGAGUCCCACUGGCUGCCAGUAUCCAAGAGCGUCCUCAUCCUCGUCUUCACCCUCUUCAUGGCCACGACGAAGGUGGUGAUGACGGCCCGCCACUCUCACGGCUCCCCCUUCAGCCUCGUCGAGUCCUGGACUUGCCACCUGCUGUUUGGCUCUCCUCUGGGCGGCGGCGAGGAGGACAACCAUCAUCCUCCCGCCGGCGCCGCUCCGUCUUCACCGCUCAAAAGCAAAGAGGAGCUGAACGAAGGCGCUCGCAAGAGGAAGGCCAAGAAAGCCGAGUAAGACGUCGCUGGUGAAGCUGCAUCGGACUUGAUGCCGUCCGACUUCCCCUUCCUUCCAUAAGGACAGGAGCAGUUUGAUCUCUGCCCGGACGAGACCCUUUUGAUUGGAGCAACAUGGUGCUUUUUGCAUUUUACAAAGCUGGAGGACUGUAAAUACCAAGGCAAACGUUUCACACAGCAGCCAAACCUGGACAUUCAUGAGUCUGGGAGAAUCUGCAUCUCUGCCCAGCGCUGCUUGGUGAUCCAGCGGCGGUUCAGGAGCCGCAUGGCAACGAGGCCAUGGCGCCGCAUCAAUAUUUUUAUUCCUUAGUAUAAAGGAAUAUGGAACUAAAUUUGGGCCAAAACGUUUGUUCAAAAGAGUAACAAAAUUCACUGGAAAAAAAGGCUUGAAACAAAAAAGUAUUUAAACCGAAAAAUAAUUUGAAACUGAAAAAA